UCGGCGCUGGAAGGGAACGGAACGGAACGGAGGGGCUGGAGGCCAGAGGGCCCCUCUUUUCAUAAUGGGAUUUUGAUAUGAUGACGUGCCUGGGGGGGUCUUGCAUUGGAAUAAGAGGAGCCCAGCCGAGCUUGAUCCCUGUGCGCACUUGGAGGGUUCUGAAAUUUGCAGUAUAGGAUCAUGUCUCAGUCUGGUGAAAAAGUUAAGUUUUCUGAUUCUGCAGGCUACGUAGGCUUUGCUAACCUUCCCAACCAAGUCCACAGGAAGUCUGUAAAGAAAGGCUUUGAGUUCACCCUGAUGGUGGUUGGUGAAUCUGGUUUGGGAAAAUCCACUUUAAUAAACAGUUUAUUCCUGACCGACCUCUAUCCUGAACGUUACAUUCCUGGAGCUGCAGAAAAGAUAGAGAGAACAGUUCAAAUCGAAGCUUCCACUGUAGAGAUUGAAGAACGAGGGGUAAAGCUCCGUCUGACAGUAGUAGAUACACCAGGAUACGGAGAUGCUAUUAAUAGCCAAGACUGUUUCAAGACGAUCAUCCAGUACAUCGACAAUCAGUUUGAAAGAUACCUUCAUGACGAGAGCGGCCUCAACCGGCGCCAUAUUGUAGACAACAGAGUCCACUGCUGUUUUUACUUCAUAUCCCCCUUUGGACACGGGUUGAAACCUUUGGAUGUGGAAUUCAUGAAAGCGCUUCAUGGAAAAGUCAACAUAGUUCCUGUGAUUGCCAAGGCAGACACUUUGACACUAAAGGAGAGAGAGAGGCUGAAGAGAAGGGUUUUAGAUGAGAUAUCCGAACAUGGAAUCAGGAUUUACCAGUUACCUGAUGCAGACUCUGAUGAGGAUGAAGAAUUUAAGGAACAGACCCGGGUACUGAAGGCGAGCAUUCCGUUUGCUGUCAUUGGUUCCAACCAGCUUAUUGAAGUGAAAGGGAAAAAAAUCAGAGGUCGCCUGUAUCCCUGGGGAGUGGUGGAAGUUGAGAAUCCAGAACACAACGACUUCCUGAAAUUGCGCACGAUGCUUGUAACGCAUAUGCAGGAUCUACAAGAAGUAACCCAAGACCUGCACUACGAAAACUUCCGGUCCGAGAGGCUAAAGCGCACUGGCAAGCCUGUUGAAGAAGAAGUUGUGGACAAAGAUAGGAUCCUUCAGCAGAAGGAGGCGGAGCUGCGCCGCAUGCAGGAGAUGAUUGCACAAAUGCAAGCCCAGAUGAGGAUGAAACCUGGGGAUGAAUGAGGAGCAGGCCAGGCUGCUGAUGCAGUUCUGUGAUUCUCUUGAAAAUGGGUCCAUUCUUUACUUCAGACCGAAUGACACUAGCAAAUACCAAUGGAAUAAUGCUGGGAUGCAGUGCUGGGUAUUGCGAGAUGCAGUUGAAAAUCUUGGAAGAUCCAGUCGGAAAGCCGCCUCUCCCUCUCAUGAUAUACAUAUCCAUCCUUAAUCACGUUGGCUUAUAUAUAUUAUUUUCAUCUCGAUAAUGAUGUUCUCCUGCUUAUUAUGUCAGAUGUAUUUUCCUUUAAUUUUUUCUGCCUCCAUUUCUGUUUUCAUUCAAAAAAGCGAAUAGGCUCACAGUAUAUGUAUGUAAGCUUUGAGAGUAGGUUGAUGAACCAUGGCUUUCUUAUUUAGGAUAAUUCUGGGUGCUGUUGUAACUUUCUUUCUUAAAAGGACCAGCAAGCUGUUUCCUAUAAAUGUAUGCACGUGCUUUGCUUCUUGACCAAGUUACAUUUUGCUUAGUUAGAAGAAUGACGGUAUGCCUUGUUGCUAGUUCAUAGGAUUCUUUUAUCAGUGUUGUAUGUUUCAAAAAGUCUGUCUAUGUAAGCUGUACUUGUCUUAGAUUGCUAGGGUAGAAUUCUAUCAGGUGCUUUCAUAAAAAGAGGGAUGGGGUGGGCGUGGGGAGGUACAGAACACUAAAGCUACAGGAAUGAUGGCGGUACAGGAUUGAACAUCCCUUAUCCAUGAUGCCUUAAAUCAAUGAAAAUGCCUGGCAUGCCAAAAUUAUUCAUGGAGGGGGGGGGGCCUCCUAAAAGACCCAUCCUGGGUUUGCAGGUACUAGUUAACCGUUCUGGUUGAAGCCAUUUUGGUUCCCUCACUUGAGAGAACAACAGUCUGUACUCAAAACGUUUUAUAUGUACCAUGACACUAAUUUCCUUUAGCGUUUUGUAAUAAAUGGAAUAAACAUGAGAAAAUGA